ACAUCGCCCCGGACCUUUUCAACCCAACCGUUACGCGCGUUCCUAUCUCGCCUUGUUUCCAACUGGCCAUCCCUCUCUCCUCCUCGCCUGCUCUCGCACCAACUAGCCAUUUCCUCGUCAUUGUCGUCGUCGUCGUCGUCGUCAUUUUCCUCUCUUCCUCCGAACGGUGAGGGCUGGCAGGCUAUCGCGGGAUUUGUCGUCGCGGUCGGCGCGGUGUUGUUGUCCGUGUGUGCGCGGGUUCCGCCGGUUUUUCCCGAGUUUUCCGAGUUCACAACGGAUUUGACCAAAAACACCACCACUACGCUCCGGGUAGAAGGUGCGCGCACAAUUCGCCUGGGAUCGAUCUGGGGUGCUGACGGAAAGGCGGUGGACGUCGGGAUCGCGUAUGCUGAGCAGCAACAGCAACAGGGUGCUUGCGAAGAUAGGCGGGACGUCAAGGAGUACAGUCUAGUAGUACGAGCCGGCAAGCCGCGUGCCCGUGCUUGGUGUGUAUGUGCGUGCUAGCGGAGCCAGCAGUGCCGCCGUGUCGCGGGAAGAAUGACGUGAGAGCAGCGCGAUCGUCGUCCCGGUCGUCGUCCUAGCUGUGCGUAGGAGCGUUAGAGCACUAGCCUCACGGCACGAUCGUCCUAGUAGUAGUCGUCGUCGUCGUCGUCGUUGCGAAGCUGGAGGAUAGUGCAGUAGCUAGGGCUAGAUAGCUGAUAGAUAGGUAGAGUUAGAGAUCGCGCGUGUAUGUGUGUGUCUGUGUGUGUGUGUGUGUGGUGUGGUGUAAAGUUGUGAUACAGGAAGCGAGAGACUAGGACUCCUUACUGCUGAAGUGUACAACAAGAAAGUGACAGAACAGCAGCGGCAACAACAAAAAACGCCAGAAAGAAGAGCUAAAGAGAGCGAGCGAGCUCAAGAUGUUCAAGUACAUACCCAUCUUCAAGGGAUGCAACCGACAGAUCGAGUACGUCGACAACCGGCACUCGUCGCUGCCGAACGUACCGGAGGAGAUCUUCCGCUACUCGAACAGCCUCGAGGAGCUGCUGCUCGACGCGAACCACAUCCGCGACCUGCCGAAGGGUUUCUUCCGACUGUACCGGUUGCGGAAGCUCGGUCUCAGCGACAACGACAUCCUCAAGAUACCCUCGGACAUACAGAACUUCGUAAACCUGGUCGAGCUGGAUGUAUCGCGCAAUGAAAUCGGUGACAUUCCCGAGGACAUUCGGCACCUGCGCAGCCUGCAGAUAGCGGACUUCAGCUCGAACCCAAUCCCGCGGCUACCGGCCGGCUUCUCGCAGCUCCGGAACCUCACCGUGCUCGGCCUGAACGAUAUGUCGCUGACGUCGCUGCCACAGGACUUUGGCUGUCUGUCGAAGCUGGUAUCACUGGAGCUGCGGGAGAACCUACUGAAGAACCUGCCAGAGUCAAUUAGCCAGCUGACGAAGCUGGAGCGGCUGGAUCUGGGCGACAACGAGAUCGACGAGCUGCCGUCGCACCUCGGCUACCUACCGGCACUGCAGGAGCUGUGGCUCGACCACAACCAGCUGCAGCGGCUACCGCCCGAGAUUGGUCUGCUGAAGAAGCUGGUCUGCCUGGACGUGUCGGAGAAUAGACUGGAGGAACUGCCGGAGGAAAUCGGUGGGCUGGAGUGUCUGACCGAUCUGCACCUGUCGCAGAACCUGCUGGAAACGCUACCGGGCGGGGUGGCGCGCCUCACCAACCUGUCCAUCCUGAAGCUCGACCAGAACCGGCUGCACACGCUCCACGACACCAUCGGGUGCUGCGUCAACAUGCAGGAGCUCAUUCUCACGGAAAACUUCCUGGCCGAGCUGCCGGCCUCGAUCGGUAACAUGGUGCUGCUGAACAACCUGAACGUCGACCGGAACGCACUGGUGGCGGUGCCGGCCGAGCUCGGCCACUGCCGGAAGCUGGGCGUGCUGAGCCUGCGGGAGAACAAGCUGACGCGGCUACCGUCGGAGCUCGGUCACUGUAACGAGCUGCACGUGCUGGAUGUGUCCGGUAACCUGCUGCAGCACCUACCGUACGCACUCGUGAACCUGCAGCUGAAGGCGGUCUGGCUGUCCGAGAAUCAGUCGCAACCGGUACCAACGUUCCAGCCGGACGUGGACGAGUCGACCGGGGAGCAGGUGCUGACGUGCUUCCUGCUACCGCAGCAGCGCUACGUACCAUCAGGGACGACACGUGGCGGCGGCGGCGGCGCUUCCGGUGCCGGUGGCAGUGGCCGCGACAAUGACAGCGACUCGGACAACUGGGAGGAGCGCGAGGCAUCCCGGACGCACUCGGUCAAGUUCACCGAGGACUUUGGUGCGGACCGGGAUACACCGUUCGUGCGCCAGAACACGCCGCACCCGAAGGAGCUGAAGAUGAAGGCGCACAAGCUGUUCGCGAAGGAGCGCCGGGCGGGCGAGGGUGGUGGAGGCGGCGGCGGCGGGGAGCUUUCCGGUAAUCUCGAUACGCUGUCGGAGGAGUCCGCCUCCCGGCCAUCGCUCGCACUGACGAAGGCAAGCUACGGGGCGGCCACCAUGGAGGACAUACAGGGCGCGAUGCCGAACGAGACGGUCGGUGGUACGGGUGCGGGUGAGCAAGGGGGGACGGCCGAUGCGGAUGGCAGCUAUAGCGCCGAUAACAGUAAUGAUGGUGCCGCGGCCGGUCGCGACAAUGAUGAUGAUGAUGAUGAUGAUGGGUACGAGCGGCGCGUCGGCUUCGAGGUCAACGAUGACGACGAGGGCGGUGACGGUGGCACCGGUGACGAUCAGCGACUGUACGGUGACGCGGAGGACAGCGACGAAGAGGGUGGUGGUGGUGGUGGUGGUGGGGGAGGUGGUGGUGGUGGCGGUGGAAAGAAGCCCAUCUCGAAGCUGCAUCGCAGAGAUACGCCGCAUCAUCUGAAGAACAAGCGCGUCCACCAUACCAUCACCGACAAGAACACUAAUCUGAUGUUUACCUCCCUGAAGCUGAAGGAGAUGGGACCGCCGAAGCUGGACGAGCAUCCCAUCGUUCUCGCGGACCAGCCAGCAACCCGGGAGACGACAUCACCGAGCACCGAUACGCUCGAUGCGUACACCGCACUGAAGGAGGAACGACUGGAGAUCCACAUCGAGCGCACGUCGGCCGGGCUUGGGCUCAGCAUUGCCGGUGGCCGUGGUUCGACGCCGUUCAAGGGCGACGACGAGGGUAUCUUUAUUUCGCGCGUCACGGAGAAAGGGCCGGCCGAUCUGGCGGGGCUGAAGGUUGGCGAUAAGGUACUCAAGGUGAAUGGAAUCUCCGUGGAGGAUGCGGACCACUACGACGCGGUCGAGGUGCUGAAGGCGUGCGGCAGCGUGCUGGUGCUGUUUAUCUCGCGCGAAGUAACGCGCCUAAUCGGUCACCCGGUGUUCGACGAGAAUGGGACGGUAGCGCAGAUCAGCGUGUCCGAUGGUGGAUCGCUGAAGGGCGGCGAACCGUUGGUGGUGGCACCACUGCUGCUACCGUCACCGCCACCGGUUACGGGCGCUGCGGCGACCUACAGUGGUGCGCUGUCACCGAACACGGUCGGGUUGCCGAACGGCAACAGCGGCGGUAGUAGUAGUGGUCCGCCACCGGCCGACGUGGAGCUGCUGAACGGGAAGGAGAUUACACAGAAGGUCAUCCUGCACACGACACUGAUCCGCGAUCAGAUCGGCCAGGGGCUCGGCUUUAGCAUUGCCGGCGGCAAGGGCCACGUACCGUUCAAGGAUGGCUCCGAGGGCAUUUACAUCUCGCGGCUGACCGAGGGUGGCGUGGCGCACAAAGACGGCAAGAUCCUGGUGGGCGAUCGAGUGCUGGCGAUCAAUGGCGUUGACAUUACCAACGCGCAUCACGACUACGCCGUGCAGUUGCUGACCGACCAUCAGCGCUUCGUGCGGUUGGUGGUGCAGCGCGAGGUCAAGGGUGGGCUCGAUGCGUUGCACAGCCCACGCAGCCCGAUCGUCGGCCCGCCCAAUCGCAUCGGUUACGGUGGCGCACGAACUGCAACCUAUACCGGAUACCGGCGUUCGACAGAUGACGCGCACGCCACGGAGAGCAAUGGUGGUGCCAUGGGCACGGGAGUUCAGGAGUCGAGACCCGACGACCACCAGCCAAAGCAGCAGCAGCAGCACCUGAUACCAUCAUCAAUCUCAUCGGUACAGCAGCAACAGGAGCAGCAGAAGCAGCAGCAGCAGCACCAAGCAUCUGCCGUCGAUGGGCCCAAGCAACAGCAACCACCCCUACCUGCACCUCGUACAGUAUUAAUGCAACACGUAAAUAACCACCAUAACAAGCCCGAAAGUAACGGAGUGGUGGGAUCGAAUGCAGCAGCAGCAGCAGCAGCAGCAGCAGCAGUGACCAACGGAACGUCGGAGGUAUCGGCUAAUAACGGGGUACUGGCGCAUCCGCAGCCGAACGACGACCCGCAGGCGACGGCGGCCCGGCCGAUGACCAGCGCGGAUUUUCAGGCCAUGAUCCCGUCCCACUUUAUCAGCGGCGGGCGGCAGGUACACGUCGAUCGAGCUGAGCACGGGCCGUCGGUCACGGUCACGGUGCAGAAGGCCGUUCCGGAUAUGCCGAUGCUGCCGCCGGCGCCCACCGAGCUCGGUACCGUCACCGAAACGAUUACCAAGUCAACCUUCACGGAGACGGUAAUGACGCGCGUUACCGACAAUCGCUUGUUGGAACCACUGAUCAGCGAGGAAGUCGUGCUGCCCAAGGAUCAGGGUUCGCUCGGAUUUAGCAUCAUCGGUGGAACCGAUCAUUCCUGCACGCCGUUCGGUGCACACGAGCCCGGCAUUUUCAUAUCGCACAUUGUGGCUGGUGGAAUAGCGGCGUUGUCGCGCAAGCUGCGCAUGGGCGACCGGAUACUGAAGGUGAACGGGACCGAUGUGACGCAGGCGACGCACCAGGAAGCGGUGAUGGAGCUGUUGCGACCGUGCGACGAUAUCAAGCUAACCGUCCAGCAUGACCCAUUGCCGGCUGGCUUCCAGGAGGUGCAUAUCGUGAAGCAGGAGGGCGAACGGCUCGGUAUGCAUAUCAAGGGUGGGCUGAAUGGGCAGCGCGGCAACCCGAUGGAUAACCUCGACGAGGGUGUAUUCAUCUCGAAGAUCAACAGCAACGGAGCGGCCAAGCGUGACGGCCGGCUCCGGGUCGGUAUGCGUAUCCUCGAGGUGAACGGGCUGUCGCUGCUUGGCGCCACGCACCAGGAGGCGGUCGAUGCGCUACGUGCCUCCGGAAACCAGUUGCAACUGGUCGUGUGCAAGGGCUACGAAAAGUCGGAUCUGCUGCAUCUGUCGGGUAGCGCGGGCGGCAUGAGUACCGGGCUGGCCGGCAGCAAUGGGGAAAACGCACGAAUCGGAUCGCGCGCCUCCGAGACGGGCUCCGAGCUGAGCCAGAGCGUGUCCAGCCUUGACCGGGACGAUUCCGUUAUCUCGGCCGUCAACGAGGCCGUUCACCUGAGGAAGCUGAGCGUCGAUCGGAUCGACGAGGAGGUGAUACCGAAGCAGCAGCAGCAGCAGCAACAACCAGCAACAGCACCAGCAACAGCACCAGCAACAGCACCUGCACCAGCGGUGACGGCGGUAAUGGAGCAGCCGGAGCACGGUUUCCAAACCAAUGCCCUGACGCCCGUCAAUCCACCGGCCGACCAGCAGCUGGUGGCGCACGGUGCAAGGGAAAAGAGCACCCCAGAGAAGGUAUUGGACAUAGUGCGAGCCGCCGAAUCGCUAGCCCUCGGGGGCCAGGCGCUGAUCGAGAACGGGCCACCGAUGUCGCCGAUCGAGGCGACCACUAACCCGGAACCGCUGCAGAAGACGACCACCAUUGUGAUGUCGAAGCAUACGCUCGAUACGCACGCACCUCAGGUUGAACGGCGCCGCGGAAGCGCACGAUCGUUGUCGCAUGCAGACGAUCCUUCUGCCAUCACCACUACCACCACCACGAACUUCUCCUCAAUUAACUCCUCCGACGUAGCGACCAUUGCCGUAGAUACUACUAACACCAGUAACAAGCAUCAGCAGCCACUGGCCGGUGACAGUGCUGGCGAGCAGCAGCAGCAGCAGCAGCAGGGAAAACCGGUACCAUCACAACCACAUCCACCACCAGUACACCGCAAGUCCGUCAGCUUUGAUCUGCAGCCAACGACGGUACAGAACGACGACGACGACGAUGACGACGAGGAGGAGUCACCGGUUGCGGAGGAAGUGGUGCACGCCUUCGAUGUGGCGAUGCAGCGCGCCCGCUCGACCUUCGCAACCACCAAGGUCGUGGUGCCGCCCUUAGCGCCACCAUCACCACCACCAGUAACAGCAUCAUCGAUCGGAGUAGGAGGAGGAGGAGGUGCGGGUCCGGACGAGUUACACCAUCAUCUGCUGAAUCCGCUGAAGGGAAUCCUGCGUUCCGGCAGCCCUUCCACGUCGACGCGCAGCAGCAGCUCCACGCCGGAGCAGCAACGAUACACGCAGCAGCAGAUCCCUCCGGGUCACCGGGGACCACCACCACCACCACCACCACCACCACCACCACCACUUGAUGAGGACGACGAUGACGACGACGGUGAGGAUAAUGUCUUCCAACACCGUUCAGCAGUAGUGAGCAGUAGCGAAGAUGAUGACGACGAUGAUGAUGUGGUGGAUCCACGCGCCCGCACACCGACCACCGGUGGGGGUGGUGGCCAGCGUGGCGUCCUGAAACGGGCUGAGGUGGUGCGGAACCGGGCGGCAAAGAAGCUACAGGAAGAGUUCGGUCAGGGCGAGCUGGUCGAGUACGAGCAUGAUCCGCGCACGAACACGAUCAGACCGGUGCGGCGUGGGGCCGGUGCUGGCGGCUGUGAGACACCAGCAGCAGCAGCAGCAGCAGCGCCAGUGAUCGAGAUGGUGCCGGCCCGCUACGACACGCUACCGGUGCACCGGAAGGCACAGUUCGUGCACGAGAACACGACCAGCAACCUGCUGGUACCGGAGGAGGUGCACCGGCAGGUGCUGCUCGAGGAGAACGACGUCCGGAACAAGCUGCUAGCGCAGUACCAGUACCAGCACCAGUACCACCACCACCACCACCACCAUCCGGAUCACCAGAUCGGAUCGUACGUCUACGCCUCCCGAUCGAGCUCGGUGUCACCGUUGGCGCAUCAUCAGCUGGGUGGUGGUGGUGGUGGUGGCGGGUACGAGCUGUAUGGCGUGAAGCUAACCAGCCCACCACCGGGGUCCGGGAUGGUCCGACCACACGAGCCACCACCACCACCACCACCAGGAGCAGCAGCAUUGGCGAUUGCAUCGCCCGAGCUCGGCCUCGGACCGGCCCAGAUCUAUCCGCCGGUACAGGUGCUACCGGUACACUACACCAAGUUACCGACGCCCCAGCACACCAUCUACACCUACACAACUGGCCCGGCGCAUCCGCAUGCCGGCACCGGGCACCAUCAUGCAGCGUACCAGCCCCACCAUCAUCAUCACCUGUCGCAGCUUGAUCAGCGGCGGCAUAUCGCACACCACACAACCAUGACCGCCACCGCUACCACCACCAGCAGCAGCAUCAGCAACAACGAUCUUGGUAGCGGUACGUACGUAACCUUGGUCCAGCCGCUACCCAUCAACAACAACAACAACAACAACACCACCACCACUGUCCACCGCACGCCCACCCCAAGCCACACGAUGUCGCCGCCCCUCGAGCCGAAAACCCCGAAAAGCGUCUCCGAUAAGAAGAGGUUCUUCGAAAGCGCCAUGGAAGACCAUCAGAAGCCGACCCCGAAAUCAGAGAAAGUCUUCUCCUUUCUAUCGCAAGACGAGGUAGAAAAGCUGAGGCAGGAAGAGGAGCGCAAAAUCGCGGCGUUCGGUCGGGAUCGGAUCCAGCGACGCUACGAGGCGGAGGACGGGGAGGAGAAUGAGGAGGAAGACGACGAGGAGGAGGACGAGGAGGAUGAGGAGCAAGAGGAGAAGCAGGGCAACGAACCCGACCAUGCGACACAGCAGGAGCAGCAGAGUCCGGGCGAGAAGGAGAAGUCGGACAUCAACGACAACAAUAUGAGCAGGAGCUAUGGUACGCCGCCGCGUGCCUGGCCACCAUCACCACCAACCGGUGACAGCGAGCAGCUGGCGGCCCUGCUAGCCAAGACAACGCCGGUGGUCAGCCGCAUACCCAUUCGGACGGUGAACGCGGAGAAACGGGCCCGGGCCAGCAACUGUCUACCCCCGGAGUACGACGAGUCCAAGCUGAGCCCCUCCGAGAUCCGGGCGCUACGGGCCCAGAAGCGAGCUGCCUGGCGACAGGCGCGACUCAAGUCGCUUGAGAACGAUGCACUGCAGGCACAGAUUAUGAUCCAGACAAUGAACGCGGCCGUCCUGAGCGAGGACAGCGCCCAGCACAGCGGCAACACCCAGAGCAGUGUCGGCUGUGGCACUACCAUUGCAGGCGAGACUACGAAUGAGUCCCAGCAGCAGUUGCAGGUGGUCGACGAGGAGACGUUCUCGGAAAGGAGGCAGCAAAGGAGGGAGAAACAGGAUCAACGCCACCCGACGGCUGAGCAGCAGCGGCGGCAGGAGGAGGAAGAGGAGCAACCGCAGCAGCAGCAGCAGCAGCAGCAGCAGCAAGAAGAAGAAGAUGGAGCAGCUGAUGGGGCGGUCGUGCGCUUUCCGCGCCUUGCCGUCAAGUCGCGCCCGGGCAGCGAGGUCAUCGUGCGCGAAACCGAAAAGGUGGUCGAGGAGAAAGUGACCCGCCGCACGGAGGAGGUCCCGGGCGGUGGCCUCCGGACGGUCGAGUACAUUGAGAAGAUCAUCGAAACCGAGGUUGAAACGAUGCGCGAGAAGAUUAUAAUGUUCGAGCUGGAAGACUCGUCGCUGGGCGGCGAGAAUGAUCAGCGAACAGCUGAUGCUGACCCGGUGGCACCAGCACGCAACCACGGCGAGCCAAAACACGCAAACAACGUGGUGCACCAGGAUGUGAGCGAUGGUGGCGGCCUGCUCGAGAUGAACGAGGUGCAUGCAGCAUUACAGCAAGCGUUGGAACAGGACGGUGAGCGGGAGCAGGAAGAGUCCGAAUCGGAGCCCGAACCGGAACCGGAACCGGAGCCGCAACUGCAGACGAUCGUCGAGGUUAUCAACCCGAUGUUGACCGGGGACGGGCAGCCGCACAACAUCGCGAUCGGUCGGUACAACGACAUCUACGGCGACGAUUCGUUCACCGCCGUCGGCGUGACGUCGUACGAGCAGGGUACGUUCGAGUCGGUCAACGACAAGAUGAAGCAUGUGCUGCGCGAACUGAAGCAGAACGAGAAGGUGCGGCAGAACCUCUCGAAGAGCCUCACCGAGGACGAGGACGAGCACGACGAGCAGGAUGGGCUGCUGGCGUCCCAGGUGGGCGACGACGACGAUGACAACGACGACGAUGGUGGUGAUGGGAGUGGCAGUGAUGACAGGGUGCACGAUGUGUUCGACCACGAUCAGCCGGACGGCUAUGAGGAGAAGACCGGUGCCAUCGGCACCGUAUUUAUGGUGCGCGAGCGGCUGAUCAACGACUUCUUCACGCACCAGAGCGAGCUGCUCGCCCAUGAGCAGCAGCAUCAUCUCCAGCGAAAACUCCAGCAGAAGCUGCUCGGUGGUGUCGGUACCUUCCACAAUGGGGAGGACGAGUGCGAGGUAAUCACUAACCCGAACGCGGAAGGCUUUGCUGAGGAGGCUGCCAUCAACGACAGCAACAACGGUAACGUGGCUGGCGAUCCGUGUACCGGUACUGAGCGCGCCGCGGACCACCAGAAUGGCAACGGAGUGGUCACCCAGUCAACCACCACUACAAGCAAGCGCUUGCAAGAGGACGAAGAGGAGGAGGAGGAGCAGGUGGUGGGUGUUGGCAGUGUGCUGGCAAACGAGGAUGCCCUUGGAAGUGGUAGCGCAACCAGCGCGGCCAGCUCACAGAAGCGGAAGAAGCGAAAGGGCAAGAAGAAGAAAUAGCGGGUUGGGAUAACUGAGGCGCACGCAGAGCAAAUGAUAGGCAAUAAUAAAGAAAACAGGGGAUGAGAGAGGAACGAUGCAAAUGAUCAGAGGUGACGCCAGCGCCUCCGAAACAACUCCCCCUCACCCUCCCCCUCCGUCUCCACCUUCCCAAUACAAUACGAAUCCCGCUCUUCCAUGCUGCGGACCUUCUGCUGUUGUCAGCGGCUGCUGGUGCUGCAGACCGUGUCGCAGACCAAACUAGCAGCGCUGUAGGAGAGGAACCAGGAGAAGUGGUAGAAGCAGUAGCCGUACCCGCGUCUCUGUGUGUUGUGUGCGGGUCUGUGGAUGCUUCACGGUCAGUUCCGUGUCGGUCGCAAGUGCCCACCGAGAUCCGUCAUCCUCCGUCGAACUAAUAGCACCGAAUCCUUCACAGCUCCAGACACACACACGCGCGCGCGUAGGGAAACACACAGGGAGAACGUUGUUCAGGGGAGGCCGUUUUUUUUUACAGUUAGCUAAUGUCCGCCAUUAAGAGCGCUUAACUCCUUUUUUUUUAAUCCAUCAUCAUGCUUAUCCGUUCCAUUCGAACGCGCAGGAUUCGACCUUCUCCAAGGCCAGUUCGAUCCUGGCUGGGAUGUGAGGCAGGGCGAGGAGGUGUAUUCCCCCCUUCCCACACACAGAGACCCCCCCGGGGGCCUCCUGUUGCCGUAUAGGGCCGCAGAUAGUAUCUCAUAAUAUUUAUCGCGAUUUGUGCAUUUUCCUCUAUUAUUUUUUUAAUGUUAAAUUUUAAUAUCGUCGACCACUCUCCCCUCGCCGGCUCCUAGCGCGUGGCAUAUCACGGGGAAAAGCUCGCUGGCGUACACCACGGCCCACACCUCCCCCCACGAAACAAAUAAAAAAUCAAACCAAGCGAUCGUAGCAUGCGGGAUCCGGUCAUACAUCAUAACCCGUCCAGUCGGGUCGCCGUGCUGUACGACAGCGCCAGUUACUAGGAAAGACAGCGGGGGAGAGAAGUAGAGCGGGAAGGAUAGAGAUAAAGAAAAAGAAGGAGAGAGAGAGAGCGGGAGAUAGUAUUUGAAUUAUAUCCAACUUACUUUUAACUGCGUGCUGCCGCAUUCAUGUAAACGAACGAACGUUUUUUUUUCUUCUCAUGUUUUUCCGUCCUCGGUCCUGAUGUAAUUUCGUGCAAGAGGCAAGAGCGGAGACAACAAUAAAGCGUGCGGCAUAGGGAAACCUACUCCGCCACGAGCAACUUUAUACCUGGA